AUGGAGCCAGGCUGGGGCAGGAAUGACUCCCACCACAGCCGCUCCGCGCACAGCCAGGGGCAGCUGAGCCCUCCGACCUGGGCAGGGGACCCCAACCUGACCCUCUUCCACACCCGCGAUGAGGAACUGGCCAAGGCUGAGGUUGGGGUGCUGGCCACCAUCCUGGCCAUGGCCACCGUGGGCAACCUGGGGGUGCUGCUGGCCAUGUACCGCCUGAGGAAGAAGAUGAGCCGGAUGCAUCUCUUCAUCCUGCACCUGGGGCUGACCGACCUGGGCGUCGCACUCUUCCAGGUGCUGCCACAAAUGAUCUGGGAGGUGACGUACCGCUUCAUGGGGCCCGACCCUCUCUGCCGGACAGUCAAGUACCUGCAGGUGCUGAGCAUGUUCGCCUCCACCUACAUGCUCAUCGCGAUGACGCUGGACCGCUACAUGGCGGUGUGCCACCCGCUGCGCACGCUGCAGCAGCCCAGCCGCCAGGCCUACGCCAUGAUCGGGGCCACGUGGCUCCUCAGCUGCCUGCUCAGCCUGCCCCAGCUCUUCAUCUUCUCCCUGCGGGAGGUGCACCAGGGCUCGGGGGUGCUGGACUGCUGGGCUGACUUCAGGUACCCGUGGGGCGCCCGAGCCUACAUCACCUGGACCACGCUGUGCAUCUUCGUCCUGCCCGUCGGCAUCCUCACCGUCUGCUAUGGCCUCAUCUGCUACGAGAUCUGCAAGAACCUCAAGGGUAAGACCCAGAGUGGCGGUGCCCCCAGCGCAGGUGGUCCUGCCGCCCCGGCCGCCCUGGCCCCCGCCGAGAGGGGCAGCCGACACGCCGGCGGGCAGCCGUCACGAGUCAGCAGCGUCCGCACCAUCUCCCGCGCCAAGAUCCGCACGGUGAAGAUGACCUUGGUCAUCGUGGUGGCCUAUGUGGCCUGCUGGGCACCGUUUUUCAGCAUGCAGCUGUGGUCGGUGUGGGACGAGGACGCCCCUGAUGAUGAGUCCAGCGACGCGGCUUUCACCCUCACCAUGCUGCUGGCCAGCCUCAGCAGCUGCUGCAACCCCUGGAUCUACAUGUGCUUCAGCGGGCGCCUGCUGCAGGACCUGGCGCGCGCCCUGCGCGGCCGCGGCGGCCUCGGCGCCGGGCUCCGGCGGCCGGCCUCCACCGGCAGCCUCUGCAGCAGGAAAACCACCCUGCUGAGCCAGGGCAACCACGCCACUGCCACCACCGCCGCCGCCGCCGCCGCCGAGCCCCCGGCCCGGCAGGGCGACGCCGGGGAGCUCUGCACGCCCGACGAGGAGGCGGUGACUGAGUCGGGCACGCUCUAG